GUAACGGGGCUUCUGUGAGCGACGCAGUUCCUGACGAAGUACUGAAUCCGAAUCGAACAGUCCCGUGGAUCGUGUCGAUCAUGUUUCACCGGGGAAUCCGAUCGGUAAAUCACCGAUAACGCGAUGAAUAGGAUCGGAGCAGGGGCGCUCCGUGCGCUCCUCCUGCUCCCUUGGCUGAGUGCGACCCUCGGCCAGGAGUCCCUGUGCGACCAGAGCGAUCCCAGGACCAUCUACGGGUUCCAGGAGGAACUCCUCGACGGCUCCAGGAAUGUGAACCUCGCCGAGUUCCGCGGGAAGCAAGAACCAGGUCGAGACGGAAAGGAAAUCAUAAACGGGGUGGUUCACGUCCGCCCCGGCGGGGGAUUCGUGCCGAACUUCAUCCUCUUCCGCAAAGUGGAGGUGAACGGGAAUGGGACCAUCCCCCUCUACUCAUAUCUCAAAAGCGUCUGCCCGACGACGGUGAGCGCAUUCCGCGAGAAGGCCCGCCUUUUCUACGAUCCGCUGGACAGCGACGACAUCCGCUGGAACUUCGAGAAGUUCCUCAUCGACCGCGACGGGAAGCCCUACAAGCGGGUGCAUCCCCAGCAGCUGCCGGAGACGCUGUACGACGACGUCGCGAGGCUGGCGAGUAAGAGGGCCCGCCCUCAGGGAGCCCGCCCUCAUGGAGCUCUACGUCAGGGAGCCCGCCCUCAAGGAGCCCGCCCUCAGAGCAGCUCCACAGGAUUUGGCGAAUUCCGAUUGUUCGGAUCCCCGGGGCGAUUCCCAUCCAACUUCUAAGAAGAACAAUCCAAAAAGUGGAUAACUCACAGAUAGGGAAGCAAUCAACGUAGCGGAUAACGCAGAUCCUCACUACCCGCUUCAAUGAGAUUCCAUCAGAAUUAAUCCUUAAAACUAAAAAAGAGAAACAGAAGAAAACCCACAGCCUUCUUAGAGCACGUCUCAAUUCGGGCUGUCAAUCAAUCAUUUCUGCUCCGAUAGAAAAUGUGAAGUCCUAAAAGAACUGAAGCCUAGUGCUAAUCGAACCUCAAAAAAUAUGAUUUGUUUCAAAUAAAUAAUAAACAUCGCAGCCGCAUAAAACUGAACAUGAAUAGAUUUUCCAGGUUUCUGCCUUAUUGCCUAAAUCACCUAUCAAAUUCGUCCAUUCAUCUAAGAGAAAGAAAAUUGCAUAUAAGAAAACGUAAUUUGUCAUGAAUGCGUUCGGUAUAUAUAUUUUUAUGAUCUGGUAUGUAUCAUCAAUGCCGAGGCUUAUCUGCAGGGAGGAAACCAUCGUUUGACCCCAUGAAUGUCUCUCACGAGCGAUGAAUUUGAUGGAAUCUGCAAUAACGAGAAGGAAUUUCGGGGGAAGCCGAUGAAAAGAAUGACGGAACGUUCGGAAAACUCCUCCGGAGUCGAAACGUCCCCGAUGCGACGGCGCGGAGGAGGGGAUUCCCUUUUCAUUCGGGCGUUCAGGUUCUUUCCUCUGCGCCGGGAUGUUUCGUCGGCUUUUCGCGGGAUUCCGUCUCUUCGAACUGUCUUUCACCCGAUCGAGGCAUUCCUUUUUAAAUAAAAUGGUCGAAAGUGUGGACAUGAGAU